AAGACGAGAAUACACCCUCAGCUACUUGCACGGUGCCCCCUAACCUUCUCGUAAUACGUUGCAGUACUUACGCGCCUCUGCUCCCGCCCAAUUUUCUACUUGCAUAAAAUUGCAAAAUGCGGAGCAAAAACACCAUGCCCAUGCGAGGGCGGUGAUUAAGAACAUGCCGUGUUGACCACGACUCGUCGGUUAGAAAUUGUGAUAUGCCUUCUAGCGCAGAUUUUGAGACGCCACUUCUAGCCCGUUGGUCGUGGAGCUAGUUGCUCAGAGGACGAGGAGCUCAAACUUACAAAGAACAAGAUGACCGAGCCGGCUCCUCCGAAGCCGAACAAGCAGCACGUGCACAUCGUGGCGGAGAUCGGCAUCAACCACAAUGUAUCCUGUACAAACGUAUCGUACUCGCAUUGCAAUCAUGCAUUACAAAUCCCUUUCUUAAGCCAAAUCUGCAUUACAAAUUUCAUUUCUCAUGCUGCAGAAAUUUGUAUUGCAUUUAUACGAAUACGAUUUUUUUGCAAUGCAUACAAUGGGGACAUUGAACUCUGCAAGAAGCUGAUCAUGCUCGCGAAAACGGCCGGGUGCGACUCCGUGAAAAUCCAGAAGCGAAACCCCGAUGUCUGCGUUCCGGAGGACCAGAAGCUAUCAAAUGCAAAAAUGUCUGGGUCUGGAAGAAUGCAAGACUUGCCAUGCAUAUUUCUCAUGACCCAUGAUGCCUGUAAUGCAUUACCUAGCAUCGCAGACUUUUACAGGGCUUCCUGAUGCACCUUCCGCAUGAGAAAUGCCCCCUCCGUGUAGCACAAAUUGCACCCCUCUUGCUGGUCAUGCAAUACAAUUUUAUUUAGAGUCUACAAACAGCAUGACAAGUUGCAAUCUUCCAGACCCAGACACUUUUGCAGUUGAUAGAAACAGAAGAUGCGCGACACGCCGUGGGGGCGGAUGACGUUAUCAACUGCAAAAAUGUCUGGGUCUGGAGGGAUGCGAACUUGUAAUGCUAGCUCUCCAUACCCAGGAAAUCUGUAUUGCAUAGCCAACAAUGAAAGUCGCAGCCUCUUUUGUACAUGCAAAAACGCAGUAUCUCAUGCGGAUUUCCUAUGAGAAAGGGAAAGCGUUCUCAAAAGUUGUCAUGCUGUAAUGCAUGCGGAACUGUUUCCAUCAUCCACAUUUUAGCAUCACAAGUUUCCAGGCCCAGACACUUUUGCAAUGCAUAGACGUAUCUGGAAUACAAGUGGAAAUUGGAAUUCAACGAAGAGCAGAUCAAAGAGCUGAUCGAGUACAGCAAGUGGAUCGGGAUCACGUUUUUCGCUUCCGUUUGGGACAUAUGCAUUGCAAAACUGACGUACGUACGUAGAAAUUGCAUUACAAAUUUUCUCAAGAAGAAAAAUACAAUUUGUCAUGCGUGUUCAGGUAGAGAAAGAGAAUUGAACUUGUCAUGGAUAGCUGCAAUUACUACGAGUACGAUACUUUUGGAGAGAAUAGGACAAGGAAAGCUGCGAUAUGAUGUGCAAGUACGGCGGAUUGUCGAAAAUCCCCUCGGCUUUGAUCACGGAUUUGGAACUCUGCGAGUACGCAAGGAAAAAGUUCGAAACGCUGAUCAUUUCGACCGGUAAAGUUGAGAAGAGUUACGCGGUGAUAGACAUUGACAUAGAUGAUUUAGGUUUUUGCAUCCGCGAAACAGAGGCAUUGGCUUGUGAUGCCUCUGCAUGAUAGAUCAGUCCAACAGCUUUACUGACCAUUUUCGAAUGUUUCUGUAUAAGGAGUACUCCUGCAUGACAAACAGCACAAUCCAAAACUCUUUAGAAAACAGGUAUGUCCACCGAAGAGGAGAUCGAGGCCUGUGUGAAGGUGUGCGACCCGGAUAUCAUCAUGCACACGAAUUCGACCUACCCGUGCCCCUACGAGGAUUUGAACCUGCGGUACAUCACGCACCUGAAGGACAAAUACCCGGAAAAAAUCAUCGGCUACUCCGGCCAUGAGUACGGAUUGGUUACCACAUUUUGCGCGGUCGCGCUCGGCGCGCUGUACGUCGAGCGACAUAUCACGUGGGAUAGGAACAUGUGGGGGUCUAUGGGAGUGUCAGAACCGAAAUCGUCAGAGUUGAAAUGAUUUGUCAUGCACAGAUGGAUGCCAGUUGGAACCCAGUUUCCAAGUAGCGCAUGUCAAAUUUUGGCGGUCCUUCAAUCCAGUUUGUCACGCUGUUUAGGCAAAGAAGACGGAUUUUCCCAUGCUACUUUAGCAGCUCGAGCUCUAACCCCAAACAGGCUUACAAUCGGCCUCACUUGCCUGCUCUGCAAGACACAUACCCCGCGUCGUGCAUUUUAUGCAUGACAAAUCAUUUCAACUUUGUCGAUUUCAAACCUGACGCUUCCAUAGGGUCGGAUCAGCUGUCAUCCGUGGAGCCGGCGGGGUUGUUGAAAUUAGUGAAGGGCAUAUGCAAGAAAAAAACUGUGUAAGUGUAACUCUGUAAUGCAGAAUAUGCAACAGAUCUACGCCUGUCAUGCCACACAGCCACGAAGUCCUUUUUUCAUGUGUGUUUUCCCUUACAAGCCGCGCAUGACAGGUUCUCUCUGUUAUGUAGACUAAAUUUGUGAUGCUGUCAGCCAAAGAGAGUUGCACUCACACAGUUUUUUUCUUGGAUAGGGCAUCCGGGAUUCCAGCGAGUCGUUGGCUUACGAACCAUAUGGUUUGCUCAAAUGUUACAAUCUCAAACGUUACAAUAACAUCAUCUCAAAUUUUCCUGACCGAACAUCAUGAGUACUGUACAGAGACUUGGGCUUUCGCGAUACAAAUUUCGCGAGAUAAUUCUCAUGGGGUUGGGAGCUCCGAAACUUGUCAUGCGUGCUCCUGUGGGAGUCGGCCAGAUGUUGCGCAUCGUGCAACACAAAUUCCAGAUUCUAUGGUAUACCGAUUUGAGAUUGUAACACCUGGGCGGGUUAUAAACUAGGGCCGAGGAUUAUGCAACGUAAUUUUCCCGUACAUGUACAAAAUGCAUGACAAGCUUCACCAAUGUGGAGUGUAACACUUGUCAUGCUAAACUAGGACUGAAGCCCAGUUUUGUCAUGCAGAAGCCACAUUUGUACGUGUGCAGGAAAUUUACUGUGGAUAAGGAUUCUGUUCGACCGGGAAAACUCGAAGAAGGUCAGUUUGCGCCCGCAGCUAUCCUGUGCAAACGUAUCGUAGUCGUAUUGCAGUCAUGCAUUACAAAUCUUUUUGUUAAGGCAAAUCAGCAUUACACCCCCCACGCUGAGGAAAUUUGUAAUGCAUUUAUACGAGUACGAAUACGAUACUUUUGCAAUUUAUAGCAGCCGAAGAAGUAGUGAAGGCUUGUUUGGCAUUUUUGCA